AUGGAUGCUGAUAUUAGUGCAGUACCGUUGUUGCCACCGCCACACCACACCACACCACUGCACGCUACACACCACGGCACACUACACAACACCACACCACGGUUCACCACACAACACGAUAUCACGGCACACCAUACAACACGACAUCACGGCACACCAACACAUCACACCACGGCACGCCAUACACCACGACACCACGGCACACCACACAUCACACCACGGUACGUCAUACAACACCACACCACGGCACACCACACAACACGACACCACGGCAUAUCACACAACACCACACAGUGGCACACCACACAUCACACCACGGCACGCCACACAACACCACAUCACGGCACACCACAUAACACCACACCACGGCACACCACACAACACCACACCACGGCACACCACACAUCAUCACACAACACAACACCACGGCACACCACAUAA